CUCUUGUAAACAGAUCAAACAUAUCAAAGUAAGGCUGAGUCACACUGACCACCGUAGUAGCCUCGUCACUCACGACUGUCUAAAAAUACGGUCCUACUUGAACAUUCUCUAGUAGUGAGAAUUGGCGAACAGUACAGAUUCGUAACAUCUAACUACAUCUAACAUCUAAGCUAACCUAGGCAGCAUUGCUCUUGUCUGAACGUUAGACGACCUCGCUAGCUAACAUCGCCAUAGCACAUACAGUACACCAUUAAAACAACAUAACUAGUUCGUAAACCGGUCUCAAAUAUAAUUUUUUUCUAAUUUAAACGUUUUCGAUCAGCUCACUAGUUGAUUCCGUCCUCUAUUUUCAUAACCAAUGCUACAUGAAGUUAUGUGUUCCACAUCCGCAUACAGUUUCCAUGGGAACUCUAGCUCGAUAGCUAUAAACAAUCUGAACGAGACCUGUGGCUAUACCGCUAUAGUAAGAAACGCUAAAGAACUUUACAAAAAUUGACAUAGCUAAGCUUGCUAAGUGUCUAUUUUCCACGUUUUGAAGAUUGGAAAACUGAGAGGGCCAUGAGCGCCCACAGCAGUGAAGUGAAGGUGUUUGUUCGUACUCGUCCCACUGAUAACUUUGCCCAGCACCUCAUUGAAUACCAACCAGAUGGGCAGACUGUGAUUGUCCAUCAGAAGAAAGACUCCAGGAGGGGUGUUGUGAAUAACCAGCUGAGCUCCUGGUCAUUCCAGCUGGACAGAGUCCUGCACGAUGUGUCCCAGGAGGAGGUGUAUAACGGCGUGGCUCGGAAUGUGGUUCUGGGGGCACUGGAUGGUUACAAUGGGACGGUGAUGUGUUUUGGGCAAACUGGGGCUGGAAAGACCUACACUAUGACCGGAGCCACAGAGAGCUACAAGGAGAGAGGGAUCAUCCCCCGUGCCCUCCAGGAGGUGUUUCGGGAGGUGGAGCAGCGCUCUGACCACAUCAUCACAGUGCGCCUGUCCUUCCUGGAGAUCUACAAUGAGACACUGUUGGACCUGCUGUGCUCACAGCAGGAGGCCCUGGCAGGGGGGCCCGGGGCCGUGACCAUCGUGGAUGAAGGCACCAGUGGCGUGACUGUGAGGGGUUUGUCGGUGCAUGUGGUCCACAGCGAGGAGGAGGCCUUCAACCUGCUCUUUGAGGGGGAGAUGAACCGAAUCAUUGGAGCUCAUGUCAUGAAUAGAAAUUCUUCUAGAUCUCAUUGCAUCUUCACAGUCCAUAUUGAGUCGCAUUCAAGGAGUCUGUCGAACCCCAAGUAUGUCUCCUCCAAACUGAACCUGGUGGAUCUGGCUGGAUCAGAAAGAUUAGGCAAAACUGGAUCAGAGGGCCAGAUGCUCAAAGAGACCAUGUACAUCAACAAGUCCUUGUCCUUCCUGGAGCAGGCCAUCCGGGCCUUGGCUGACCGGCGCCGGGAUCAUGUGCCCUUCAGACAGAGCAAGCUGACCCACGCCCUCAAGGACUCACUGGGUGGAAACUGCAACACAGUGCUGGUGGCUAAUAUUUAUGGAGAGGCUGAUCAGAUUGAGGAGACGCUGUCAACUCUUCGCUUCGCCAGCAGGAUGAAGAACGUUCGCACAAAGCCAGCUGUCAAUGAGCACAUUGACCCUGUGGUCCAGGUGAAGAAGCUGCAGAAGGAGAUACAGUUGCUGAAGCAGGAGCUGUCCAUUAAAGACACAUUGGCCAACCAGAUGGGGACAUCCUACAAUACACUAAGUGAGACCCAAGUAGCAGAUAUCCAGAGCCAGGUUCAUGGAUACCUGGAUGGAACCACAGAUGAGAUCAAAAUAGUAAGCAUCAGGCAGGUGCAGGAGGUGUUUGCCCAGUUCAGGCUCGCUCUACAGCAGCAGGAACAGAAAGUAAAAGCCAAGUUGAGUCAGCAGUACAACCUGGUGGAAAAAACACUGUGCACAGAGUCCCCUGUUAAUGCAAAGCUGCAGGGACCCAGGAGUUCUGUAGGGGAAGUGGAGCAUAGUUUUGCAGUUGGUUUGGCACCUGCUUCAGAGAGGAACAAUAGACCCCCUUCCCCCCAGAGGACCAAACCCAAAAAAGGCAAAGAAUUCCACAGCCAAGGGAGAAUGGAGGGGGUGAGGAGCCCAGCCCAGGCGAAGGAGAUGGAGGUUGUGUCCACAUCCAGGAUGAACCUCCUGGUGUCCCAGAAAGACAUGGAGGGCCAGGAACCUGAGCUGCAUAGCCAGGCCUCACCAGGGCCACCACCUGGGCACAGAGCACUCUCCAGGACAGACUCCCCUCCUCCCAAAGCGGAGGCCUUUGAGGUGUUCAAGGCAGAGCGCGGGAGUGAGAUCAACAGCAUCCUGACGCAGAACAAGGCGGUGCUUCUGGGGUGUCGCAGGCGCCUGAGGGAGCUGACAGACGGGCUGAAUGCGGGCAAGCAGGAGAUCGACCGGGCUGGUGCCACACUGCAGCAGUGGAGGGAGCAAAACCAGCCCCAGGGCCAGUUUGUGAGUGUGGAAGGGGCACCGGUGAUGGAGGAGGCAGAGCUGUCCCUGCUGCUGAAGCUGCGGGAGCUCAAGGGGCAGUACCGUCAGCAGUACAAGGAGCUGUGCAGCACCAGGGCUGAGGUCAAGUACUGUGAGCACCUAGUGGACCUGUGCAGGACUCGUCUGCUCAGCGAGUUUGAGACCUGGUACAACGAGUCUUUCCUGAUUCCUGAGGAGGUACAGGCUAUCCUGAGAGCGGGGGGUGCCAUCCGGCCGGGACUCAUCCCUAUGGAGAAGGCCUUGUCCCUGGAGGAUGAUCAGCAACAGUGCUUUGAUAGCCUCCAUCAUGAGCUGCUGGCCAACAGCCCUGGCGCCAUCUGUUACUACAAUGCACAGAACAGGACCCUUCAACGGAGGAACUUCAGCAGGGGAAUGUCCCAGAUGCUGCUACAGAGGAGCCCAGGGGACAGCAGGAGGACUAAGCUACCUGCCAUCCUUUCUGUGACCUGAGGGGGGCACUGCUAAUUGAACUAACAGUGCAGGGGCGGGACUGCUGUGUUCAGACACUUCUGAGAAUGACAGAGGGGAUAAUCAGAUACACGCAUCAAGUCAAUUGAAUUUUACAAAUAUUGCAUGUUUCUUGUAAAAGCAAAUUUAUUACCUCAAAAAUCUAGCAUUUGCCUAGUGGUUAUAAAGCUUUUAGCAGCACUGAAGUUAGCAGGGGGAAUCAAAUAAUACACCACGAAAUCUGUGCUGUUUUGUGGAAACCUACCAAUUAAAAUAUUAGGCUGAAUCAGAAGCAGGUUCCACCUCUACAAAUUCCAUGACAAUGUGAUUAAGACAAUUGUAUUUUCCCUUUGUGAAGUCAAUGUUAACACUGGUUGUAUUUUACAUUGUGCGACCAUGCCAUUCCAGUCUAGGCCCCCUGCUGACAAGGAGGUGACAUCAAGCCUGAAAUGGAAGCUGGGGUCAGCACCCAACAAAGCACAAUGUCCUCAACCAAAUUUAAAAAAAAAACUGCUGGGAUUACAUUUACUAUCAUUUCCACCAACUUCAUGUUAUUCUCACAAUGUUUCUGCACUGUUGUACCAUUAUCCAUAUAUGGCUAUAAUGUCACAAAAGCAAAAUGAGUCAGCUGGAUCAUCACAGGUUGACCUCUGAACUAGAGUGUAGUGUUGUGCCAUGGAAAAAAUAUUAUCAUGUGAUCAGUUCCUUAAUUUUCCCUUCCUGGGCUCAAACAAAAAAAUUACAGGCAUAUAAUAUCUCAGAGCACUAUCUUUUUUUCAACUGACUAAUCAAUUAAGAUGGUAUUUGUUUACUGGGAAUAGCAAGGGCGUAGGAGAGAGUUUGAUAUUGGGGGGACACAACUUGCUAUGAAUUUUAUGUCUGUACACAUAAU